AUGAAGAUCCUUGUGAAGGAACUUGCUUUCACUAAAGGUCAGAGAGAGAAGACUGGUUCUAUUGGACCACAUCAGAUUGGCUUGCCAGAUCUAUCUGUGCAUAACACACAAGUCAAAAAGCAGAAGCAGCAAGAAGACAAGAAAAGAAGGCUUGCUGCAUAUAAGCAGAGAAGUAAGCAGGAUGGUUCAAUACCAUCAAAUGAAAUAAUUUUAUCUGCUAAUGAAAAUGAAGAACAAAUAGCUGAUGCCCAAGAUGGAAAUGGUGGAAGUUAUGCACUGAAAUUAGGAAAACCAAGUAGUUCUUCCAUUUCUAAUAAAAAUACAGAGUACAACACAUUAGAAAUACAUAAUAUUGCCAUGCAGAGCAUCAUAUAUGGUAUUGGCCUGUGUGCCAUAGCUGUCAUCAGCACAGCCACCUUUAUAGAUGCUGCCUUGAUCACUGAAGAAGACAAGAGACUUGUAGUUGGAUCACAGUAA